CGAGUAACAGAUAACCUCCUCAGCUGCAGUGCAGACAAGUUACUUAAUAGUAAGUACCCAAGUAGGCACGAGACCUGAUAAGUCGCGUAACCCCAGUCCGUGCCUGCCAGUUCGUACCUUUCUUAUAUCAACUUCACCUUCAAGUCCCCCCUCCCGCUUCAUCACCAGCUUCCCCUCUCUUUUCUCCAUCUCCUGCUCUCAUUUUCCGUUCUCUCCCUACAUAUGGCCACAAUGAGAUCUCAGAUGCACGCUGCCAGACAUUUCCGGACUUUGACGCCGACAUACGUCCUCAGCUUCUCUCGUUCAGUCCAAUCCAGCAAGCCUCGGAGUGUCGCCCUUCCAGCUUCGCCGUUUCCUUCAAUCCCUCCUCACCAUGCCGUAUCCAAACCUCCAAUUACCAGUCCCCUAUCCCGACUCCCUGCCUCCGAUGUCCUACGAAGCUAUGUCAUCACAGCCAUGUCCUCGUCGCCCAUACUGCUAGACGCAUGUCUCGCUCUCCUGACGCGCAUGCUACAGUCAAAGUCGGCUUUACUCAAUGUGGACAAGAAUCCCAUUCUCUCGUGGCUGCUGAAGAAGACAUUCUAUGCUCAAUUCUGUGCGGGAGAAAAUAGGGCAGAGAUACAAAGCACUAUGGCUCGAAUAAAGGACCUGGGCUACAAGGGCGUUAUUCUCGAAUAUGCUCUGGAAGUCCUUGGUGAGAAAGGCCAGUCGUCUUUGAGUGCUGAUAGUGCCGAGACCAAGGCGGCCGUUGAGCAUUGGAGAAAGGGUGCUUUACAAACGGUCGAGAUUUGCGCGCCCGGCGAUUUUGUCGGCAUCAAAUGGUCAGGCCUGGGCCCAUAUGCCCUACAGCUUCUAAAACAGAAUAAGCCACCCACGCCGCUUAUGCACGACGCAAUCACGCAGCUCUGUGACCGAGCCUCUGCGAAAGGCGUGAUGCUUCUCAAUGACGCAGAGGAACACGCCACAAAUAUCGGCAUUGACUCGUGGAACCGCGCUCUGCAGCGCAAAUACAACACCAAGGAACGAGGCCGUGCCAUAGUAUACACCACCUAUCAAGCCUACGACCGCAGCACACCCGUGAAUCUUGCACGUGACCUGGCCGAAGCACAGAAGCAUAACUAUAUCCUUGGUGUGAAGCUCGUCAGAGGCGCAUAUCUGAAUUCCGAACCGCGACAUCUUCUCUGGGCCACCAUUGAGGAGACGCACAAAUGCUACGACGAACUGACUGAAUCCCUGCUCAAGCGGCAGUACGGUGACAUGCUCCGUCCCGCAGAUCCAGAAAAUACCACAUUUCCAGAGGUCGAGCUGGUUAUCGCAACGCAUAAUGCAGAGUCUGUACGCAAAGCGCGCGCGAUUCGCGAUGCGCAGGCUGCAAAUGGCGAGCCACGGAUCAAGCUUGCAUACGCACAACUUCUGGGCAUGGCAGAUGAGGUCAGCUGCAACCUACUGGACAAGACGAGGGGUGUAUCACGGCCUGCAGAUGUCGAUACGCCGUUCGCAUACAAGUGUGUGUCCUGGGGUACGACGCGGGAGUGUUUGAACUAUCUCCUCAGAAGAGCAGCAGAGAACAAGGAUGCGGCAUCUCGAACGGUGGGUACACGGAGAGCUAUGGGUGCGGAAAUUCUCCGCCGUGUGAGAAGUGUUUUCGGAGCAGCAUAAGAGGCUCCAAGCCAUGACUGUUAUGAUUUCCCUUUUUGCGGUCAUGCAUAAGCAACGGCGUCGUAGGCAAGUUUUCAUUAUAGGAGCGUGAUGAGGGGCAUCAUGCGUUUGUCCAUACAGGACUAGGACUCUCCGGGUGGCACAUUCAUGAUCAACGUUAUGCACGUAUGAUACCGGGUAGUAAGAAUAAAGAUUCUGGCGUGUAAUUCACUUGUUCGAGCCGGUUGUCGUGCGCAGUGACUGAUAGGGAG